AUGUCAAGCAACUGGGAAUAUAAGUUGGCAUUUGCCGCAUUAAAAAUGGACAACGCACCGCAAAACUUCAAGGAGGUUAUGAGUCGAGACAACUCACACCUAUGGAUGCAGGCAAUGAUUGAAGAAAUCGACUCAAUCACAAAACACAGGGUGUGGAUGGCUGCACAACAUCCAUCCGGGAAGAACAUUGUGGGGUGCAUGUGGACUUGUUGCAAAAGGUUACUCCCAACAACCAGGAAUCAAUUACAGCAAGAUAUCCUCACCAUCACACUUGAGGACCUUGAACUCCUCCAGCUCAAUAUUAAAACGGCUUUUCUGCACGGAAAUCUUGAUGAAGAAAUCUACAUGGAACAGCCAGAAGGUUUCAAGGAUGGAAACAAGAACGUUUGGCGUUUAGUGAAAGCUCUAUACGGACUAAAACAAGCGGUGCAAGCGUUUUACUUACGGCUGAAAGAACAGAAUGAUGAUAGUCUGGCGAUUAUAUUAGCACACGUAGACAACAUGCUGCUAGCCAGAAAACCUCUCACCUAUCUCAAAGAAGUCAAGUCGGAACUUGGCAAAUUGUUUGAACUUGUUGAUCUUGGUGAAGCAAAGAUGUUUGUUGGUGUCAAAAUUGAUCAAAACCAAAACAAAGGUGUCAGAGCCGACAACUACCACAGGGUAAAGCCCAACAAGCUAUUGCCUAAUAUAGGACUUAUCAGCAAGUGGGAUCUAACAAUGCUCUAA